AUGGGAACAAGGCAGCCAGGCACCACCACCAGACCAAUGUGCAUAUCAGUGAGCCAGUGUAUUUUCUGUAUUGCACAUACGGAUGAUGGUGUGUGGAGGAUUGUCAUGGCUAACCGGGGAACGGUAGCCCAGAGGCCAAACGGUACUCAAGGCAAAAUUUGUCAAUUUAAAUUGGUGUUGCUUGGUGAAUCUGCUGUUGGAAAAUCAAGUUUGGUACUCAGGUUUGUCAAAGGACAGUUUCAUGAAUACCAAGAAAGUACGAUAGGAGCUGCAUUUUUAACACAGACAGUAUGUCUUGAUGACACGACUGUUAAAUUUGAAAUUUGGGAUACGGCGGGCCAAGAACGUUAUCACAGCCUUGCUCCAAUGUAUUAUCGCGGCGCUCAAGCUGCCAUUGUUGUUUAUGACAUACAAAAUCAAGACACAUUCGUACGAGCCACAACCUGGGUUAAGGAACUCCAGCGGCAAGCAAGCCCGAGUAUAGUGAUAGCUUUGGCGGGUAACAAAGCUGACCUAGCGAAUAAACGUAUGGUUGACUUUGAAGAAGCUCAAGCUUAUGCGGAUGAAAACGGUUUACUGUUCAUGGAAACAUCCGCUAAGACCGCCAUGAAUGUCAACGAUAUAUUCCUAGCUAUUGAUGUUUAUGUACUGUGUACUUGUCAAAGUGGCAAGUACAAUGUGUCAAGAGGUACCAAUUGA